GACAAGACUACUGGAAUUCUUAACAUUUUGGUUAUUAUCAGUAAAAUAAAAUAAAUCACCUACCAAUGGUGCAACCACAGAGCAAGCUCAACUUGCGCGCGCAUCCCUAAUAACUUGAACAAUGCGUUAUGAGUUAACCUGUAAACCAAUAGUUAAUCUUCUCCAAGAGUGCAAAAACAACGGAGUCAAAGUGAUAAAACUGAGGCUUCAAAGUUCUGCACUCAAGCGUCACAUAACAAGCUUUGGCGCUCUUCGAUAAAGGAAUAUUCGGCAUGGAAAUGGAAACAAUAACAAUAUUCGCUAAGAAGCUUUGGUGCAUCAAGAAACAACUUAUUAUUUCCCUCACUCCGCUUAUUCUUCUGCCGUUAAUUUUUGGUCUACCGGAAAAGGUAAGUGGUUAUUGGAAGAAACACAAAUCUUGUUACUCUAACCAUUUAUUUCUCUAACUCAGAAGAAAAAGUAGUUUUUGUAACUGUAUUUAACUAAGCCAAAUUGCUGAACCAUAUCAAAUUGCCAUGACCUACUACUGAAAGUCAGGCACUGGUUAAAUACAGUAUUGCCACAUAGCCUAAAACGGAUAUGAUUAAUAAUAUCCACACCUGCCUUUAAAUCUGAACACCCUUUAAACCAACAUCUGUUGGAAUAAGACUUCACUGAAAUUAGAAUCAGGAUCAUAAGACUUGUCCCAUUAGAUUUAAAAACCUAAAAUUGGUCAACUAGCAUUAUUCUAUCAUUUUCAUCUGGUCUAGGUUGAUAAAGUUAAAACUAAAACAGCAAUCCUUACAUCAAUAACUGAACCCUAACUCCAUUCCUCCAUCUUAAUCAUAACCAUAGCCCAAUCUGAGCCCUAACCCAAUUAUUAAUCACUUCAGAGGCUUAUUUAUUUACAAUUCCCCCCUAAUUUUGCAAUUCCAGCCACAGAAAAAAAGUAAAUUCCUUGUAUAUUUGUCUUUCCACAGCGUGAUACAAACAUUAAUGAAAUAGAUCACCUUUGGCUUUUACUCUGAAUGUUCACCAACAUGUUUCUGUUAUAUUUUGCAGGAGGGGAAAUGUCUGUACGUGGUGCUGCUAAUGGCUGUGUUCUGGUGCACAGAGGCUCUUCCCUUAGCUGUCACUGCCAUGCUACCUGUUUGCCUCUUUCCAACAAUGGGAAUUCUUCCAUCUAAAAAAGUCUGCCCUCAGUACUUCCUCGAUACCAAUUUUCUCUUUCUCAGUGGUCUUGUGAUGGCAUCAGCUAUCGAGGAAUGGGGUCUGCAUCGCAGAAUAGCUCUGAAAGUUCUUAAGAUUGUUGGAGUCAAACCAGCCUGGUGAGAAGUCUAUAUCGCCAUAUACAUUUACAUUUUACAUUUACGUCAUUUAGCAGACACUCUUAUCCGUAUUCUUUUUUUUUUUUUUUUUUUUUUUUGGGGUGGUGGGGUGGGGUAAGGGGGGGGGUUAGAAUGAUUACUUUAUCCUAUCCCAGGUGUUCCUUAAAGAGGUGGGGUUUCAAAUGUCUCCGGAAGGUGGUGAGUGACUCCGCUGUCCUGGCGUCGUGAGGGAGCUUGUUCCACCAUUGGGGUGCCAGAGCAGCGAACAGUUUUGACUGGGCUGAGCGAGAACUGUGCUUCAGCAGAGGUAGGGGAGCCAGCAGGCCAGAGGUGGAUGAACGCAAUGCCCUCGUUUGGGUGUAGGGACUGAUCAGAGCCUGAAGGUACGGAGGUGCCGUUCCCCUCACAGCUCCGUAGGCAAGCACCAUGGUCUUGUAGCAGAUGCGAGCUUCAACUGGAAGCCAGUGUAGUGUGCGGAGGAGCGGGGUGACGUGAGAGAACUUGGGAAGGUUGAACACCAGACGGGCUGCAGCAUUCUGGAUGAGUUGUAGGGGUUUAAUGGCACAGGCAGGGAGCCCAGCCAACAGCGAGUUGCAGUAAUCCAGACGGGAGAUGACAAGUGCCUGGAUUAGGACCUGUGCCGCUUCCUGUGUAAGGCAGGGUCGUACUCUCCGAAUGUUGUAGAGUAUGAACCUACAGGAUCGGGUCACCGCCUUGAUAUUAGCGGAGAACGACAGGGUGUUGUCCAGGGUCACGCCAAGGCUCUUCGCACUCUGGGAGGAGGACACAACGGAGUUGUCAACCGUGAUGGCGAGAUCAUGGAACGGGCAGUCCUUCCCCGGGAGGAAGAGCAGCUCCAUCUUGCCAAGGUUCAGCUUGAGGUGGUGAUCCGUCAUCCAUACUGAUAUGUCUGCCAGACAUGCAGAGAUGCGAUUCGCCACCUGGUUAUCAGAAGGGGGAAAGGAGAAGAUUAGUUGUGUGUCGUCUGCGUAGCAAUGAUAGGAGAGGCCAUGUGAGGAUAUGACAGAGCCAAGUGACUUGGUGUAUAGCGAGAAUAGGAGAGGGCCUAGAACUGAGCCCUGGGGGACACCAGUGGUGAGUGCACGUGGUGCGGAGACAGCUUCUCGCCACGCCACUUGGUAGGAGCGACCGGUCAGGUAGGACGCAAUCCAAGAGUGAGCCGCGCCGGAGAUGCCCAGCUCGGAGAGGGUGGAGAGGAGGAUCUGAUGGUUCACAGUAUCAAAGGCAGCAGACAGGUCUAGAAGGACAAGAGCAGAGGAGAGAGAGUUAGCUUUAGCAAUUCCUUGCUUUCUAUAUACAACAGUAAUACAUUUAUAAUCAUUGAUAUUUUGCAAUUAGUUUCCAUUAUCUAAUAUGAAUCCACUGCAUAUGGCAAAAUAUACAUAAUCUUGUUAUCAGAAAUGUUAUUGAUAAUCAUUGUAUUAUUUUGCCACUCCACUUACAGCUGGUCCAUGUGCCCAUCUCUCUCCCCAUACAGGUUGAUUUUGGGAAUGAUGAUCACCUCUGCCUUCCUGUCCAUGUGGCUCAGCAACACAGCAACAACGGCCAUGAUGCUUCCCAUUGCUAACGCCAUCCUGGAGAGCCUCUUUGGGGACCUGGCCACUCUGAAAGAGAACUGCAAGGUGAAAGAGGAGACAGAGGGUGAGUUGCUGUGUAAGGUUUCUCCAACUGUCCCACACACAUCUAGUGAAAAGAUUAAGACCCAUAUAGUAGCUAAACCAGGACAAAUUUGCUCUAUCGACACUGAAGGGGGAGAAUUAAUGCUAAUUGUUUGUAGUGCUUACCCAGGGGUGUCAAACUCAUUCCAUGGAGGGCCAUGUGUCUGCUGAUUUUUGUUUUUUCCUUUCAAUUUGUGUCCAGUUAAGACCUAUACAACCAGGUGAGAGAAGUUCCUAACUGAUCAGUGACCUUAAUUCAUCAAUCAAGUAGGAGGGAGGAGUGAAAACCCACAGACACUCGGGCCUCCGUGGAAUGAGUUUGACACGAGGCUUACACAGACAAACAGACUAUACUUCCAUUUUCUAUAGCUAAGAGUGAUGUUUCCACAUUAAAACUGUAAUAUGUAACUCGGGGUGUGAACUUUGUACAACUACUGUACUUCUUCCAUCAUAUUGCCUUCAGAGCAGAGCAGAGGUAUGUCAAGUUAUUCAAUAUUCAAAUGGUAAUUGAUUGAUUAUGGUAUCCGCCUUUCAAGUCAUUUUUUAAAUAUGACAAAGGUCUACAGACAACCUACUUAGAAAACUGGAACUCACAGGCUUUGAUUACAUAUAAAUUGUUAAAUAUCUCUGUUAUACAUUUAAGUCAUUUAGCAGACGCUCUUAUCCAGAGCAACUUACAGUUAGUGAGUACAUACAUCCUUUUUUUUUUAUACUGGCCCCCCAUGGGAAUCGAACCCACAACCCUGGCGUUGCAAACCAAUUGAGCUACAUCCCUGCCGGUCAUUCCCUCCCCUACCCUGGACGACGCUGAGCCAAUUGUGCGCCGCCCCAUGGGUCUCCCGGUCGCGGCCUGCUACGACAGAGCCUGGAUUCGAACCAGGAUCUCUAGUGGCACAGCUAGCACUGCGAUGCAGUGCCUUAGACCACUGCGCCACUCGGGAGAUUAUAGCUUGUCUCAUUCAUACUAUAGCUAUGGAAACUGUAGCAUCACAGUAGUUGGUUUAUGGGAAACACAUUGAUUCUCCAUAGAGGCAGUUACACUUAGAUAACCCCCUAAAUCUCCUUCAAAUUGGUCUUCAAUAUGAGAUUAUUAUGUCUAAGCCUGUCCUUAAAAACAUGUUGUCAUUUGUCACCACAGAGUAAACAAACAAUGGAGAGAAUAACUCUAACACAACCUGUUUACUUCAACAUCCAUCAGGUCAAUCACAAGUAAAGCUGCAUUCAUUGCCCUCUGAAAAACAGAUCUUGUCUAUAGACGGGUAAGAAAGCAAGCAUAAACAAACUGAACAAUUUAAGCUCUCAUGUUGGAUUCAUGGUUAUCAUGUAGCUAUUUACUAGCAUUGUUAUAAUCUGUUUGGUUACAUUUCCCUAUAUUAUAUCUGAAGAUCUGAUGGGAUGGCGCGGUCAGAUGGGAGGACUGCACAGGAGAUCAGGACAGAGUCAGAGUACCAGAUGAAGGUGUGGAAAGGCUUCCUGAUCUGUAUCCCGUAUGCUGCCAGUAUCGGUGGGACUGCCACCCUGACAGGCACUGCACCAAACCUCAUCCUCAUUGGACAACUUAAGAGGUACCCAAGUUGAAGACUUGACUGAUCUCACUUUCUCCUACUGCAUCUGUACAUACCCUCUCAUAGACCUCACAGGUCCAUCAGAUAGAGCAAUAAAGCAAUAAAGUCUGUUAUGUUUCAGAAUUCAGAAGUUUCUCUUAAAGGCCCAGUGCAGUCAAAAACGUGAUUUUCCUGUGUUUUAUAUAUACAUUGAGUAUACCAAACAUUAGGAACACCUUCCUAAUAUUGAGUUGCACCCCCCCCCCCCCCCUCCCCCUUUUGCCCUCAGAACAGCUUCAAUUUGUCGGGCAUGGUCUCUACAAGGUGUCGAAAGCGUUCCACAGGGAGGCUGGCCCUUAUUGACUCCAAUGCUUCCCACAGUUGUGUCAAGUUGGCUGGAUGUCCUUUGGAUGGUGGACCAUUCUUGAUACACAUGGGAAACUGUUGAGCGUGAAAUACCCAGCAGCGUUUUAGUUCUUGACACAAACUUGUGCGCCUGGCACCUACUACCAUACCCCAUUCAAAGGCACUUAGAUUUUUUGUCUUGCCCAUUCACCCUGUGAACGGCACACAUACACAAUCAAUGUCUCAAUUGUCUUAAGGCUUAAAAAUCCUUCUUUAACCUGUCCUCCCAUUCAUCUACACUGAUUGAAGUGACAUCAAUAAGGGAUCAUAGCUUUCACCUGGAUUCACUGGUCAGUCUAUGUCAUGGAAAGAGCAGAUGUUCUUAAUGUUUUGUAUACUCAAUGUAUUUCCACACUAUGAGGUUGGAAUAAUACUGUGAACUUGUGAAAAUGAUGAUAAUGCCCUUUUACUGUAAGAGCUGUUUGAAAAGACCGCCUGAAAUUUCAGCCGGUUUUGGUGUGAUGGAGUUUUGGCCUGCCUGGUGACAAAUUAGUCAAUAGACCAAUAAGAAAGAGAGUUCUAAACCUCUCUGCCAAUAACAGCUAGUUUUCAGUUUUCCCCUCCCCACUCAGACCAACAAAUGAAAAACAAAUUACAGUAAGGUACUUAAUUGUUACCCAGAAAUGAUUUGAUAUUGAGGACCUUUAAAGGCAUAUGACACCAACCUGACAACCUGAGUUACGCUUUAACUGGCAAAUAGCUGUGUUUGAAGAACAUGUUACAUUUUAGACCAUAAAAUAUUACUUUUUUCAUGUUUGCUGUACCGUUUUUGACAGUUGCUUCUUUGUGUUCUAGUUACUUCCCAGAGUGCGACUUGAUAAAUUUUGGCUCUUGGUUUGCAUUUGCCUUUCCUCUCAUGGUGUUCUUCCUCAUCUUGGCAUGGCUGUGGAUUUCUUUCCUCUACGGGGGCUUGAAUACACGGUAUGGUGGUCAAAUCAAAUCUAAGUACCUCAUAAGUGUGUAAUAUAAAAACGUGACCAUAGAUGAUCACAUAGGCAGUCUGUGCUAGAGUUCUAGGAUUUUUGCCUGUACACUUUAAAAAAUAAUAUGAAGUAAUACAUUCUCCUACCUGUCAGAUACUUUCACACUAUUUUAAUACUAUUUGUUGUGUUCAGGUUGUGUGUGAAGAAACAGGACGAAAGAGCACAAGCAGAGAAAAAAGCAGAGGCUGUUAUUGAUGAAGACUACAGAAAACUAGGCCCCAUAAAGUAAGGGACUCUAGCAUAUCUCUAGACUAAAUCACAGGCAACAUGCUCUAAUCUUAAAUCAUACCCUAUACCAGGGUUGGCCAAUUCUGGUUCAGGAGGGCCACAUUGUUCGCAUGCUUUAGAUUGUUUAUUUUAAUCAGUUGGAUGGAACAAAAUCCUGUUACAGCCCUCCAGGACUAAGGAUGACCCCUGUUCUAGACCCUCUGUACUAUGUGUCAGUAGUAAUGUAGAAUUUCUCAAUGACAACAAUUUCCAUCUUCCAUUUUAGUUUUGCAGAAGGAGCCAUCGCAUUCUUUUUCAUUUUGUUUGCCGUUCUCCUGUUCACAAGAGAUCCCAAAUUUGUAACUGGAUGGUCCACAUUUUUCAACAAAGGGUAAGUGAGAUAAGCUUACUAAAAGCUAACAAUCCACUGCCCGUUACCUAGGAAAUGUUUGUUUAAUUCACUGGAGGCAUGAGGAAACCAGCUGCAUCAUGACUUCUUCUUCUCUGAUCCUCUUCCUACUGUAGGUAUGUGUCAGAUGCGACCACAGGAGUGAUCAUUGUGUCAAUCCUAUUUUUCUUCCCUUCCCAGAAGCCCUCUCUUAGCUGGUGGUUUGAUUCUAGAGGUCAGUACUGGAAAGGACAUGUCCCAAAUAAUAAGAAAUAGGUUUUCGGAUUAUGUAGAUGUAAAAUACCACUGCCUCAAGUCAUACCGCCUUUCUGUACUGAUAUAGAGGACACAUCAGAUGUUUUCAAAUCAAAAUAUUAGAUGGAGUGAAGCAGCUGUAUACAUAUACUGUAGAUCAAUGGUUUUAAACUCAAAUUAUUAUUCAUUAUACCAUGGCAUUGUUGAAUACUUGUUUCUGAUUGGCUUGAAGGGCAUUCUAGAGCGUGCAUUAUUUCCCUAUAACGCACAGUAUAUUUGCACUGUAGAAUUCAAUGGCUAUAGUUCAUUCUUACAUGUUCUAUGUUUGAGAUGCUUUUGAAAGCAAAAGUCAAAUUGCUAGCGCUUUGUGGAACACACCUACGUCGUUCAUUAUUGUCCUCAUUAUUUUCCAUAGAACGCAUAGCCCCUUGCUGAUUAUCCCUUACAUCAUGCCUCACCAGAAAUAAAUUACAGUACAGAUGCAGUAUCUUAAUUUGAUCAUGCUGUUGUUGCAGGAAUUUUCGGGCAUAUCAGGAAAUGCUAACUUGUAGUGUAUUCAAGGUUUAAAAAGGCUUUUAACGUUUGUAAUUCCUUCUUUAACAUUUCAGACUUGAUUUGCCCUAACGAAAAAUGUAUCAACCUCUACAAAAAAUGACAAUUAAUUAUAAUCCACAUAAUAACUCACAUUUCCAGUUGCUGCAGGAUUAUUCUCCUGCUGUAGCAAACUGGCUCAAAUUAAGAUCCGACAUCUGUAUCAUUGACGACUAUUAAAGCAGAAUAGUUUUUAGAAUUCUUUCAUUAGUCAAUUUCUGAAGUGCAGAACUUGUAUUGGCUCUGUUUUAAGGUACUGUAAAUCACCUGAGGAAUGUUAAUGACGUAGAUUAGUGAGUCUGAGCAGCAUUCUGCUGUGAGGUAAGUAAGACUGUAACCCCUCUGUUUGUGUGAUUAUUAUUAAUCUCUCAAAAAUGUGUCGCCACACAAAACAUUGAACUUAUUGGCACAUUAAACAUUUCUGGCACAGCGGUACCCGAGAGAAAAACAAAACCCCAGCCAUGGGCAUAUUUUGACCCUUAACCCCUACCUUCAGCCUUUUCUUUAUUACCCCUUUUCAAAGCCCCUUGCAGGUUAGAUAUUCUGAUAUUUCAGUGGUUGACCUGGAUUCGGCUGGUGGGCAGAGGUUAAUUGUACACCCUGUCAUGUUUUCCACAGCAUCAAAUACUCCAUAUGUUCCUCUCCUAUCAUGGAAGAAAGCACAGGAAUGUGUCCCAUGGAAUAUCAUUCUGUUGCUGGGUGGAGGCUUUGCCAUGGCCAAGGGAUGUGAGGUAAAACCAUAGCAUUUACAUAUAGAAUCAUUAUGCCCUAUGGUUAAAACCUGUUGAUGUUUAAUGAUGCACAUAGACAUGAAAUCCCUUUAACUCACAUUUAUAUCUGUUGUGUGGUGAUUUAAAUACUUUUUGACCUAUUUCUGCUACUACUGAGACAGGGGCUGUCUGUUGACGCUCUGUCCCUGUUGUAUAAUAUAGGAGUCAGGACUGGCGGCGUGGAUAGGAGCCUACCUCCAGCCUAUUGCCCAGGUCCCCCCUGCUGUGGCCGUCAUGUUCAUCACAGCUUUCCUGGCCUGUUUCACAGAGUUUGCCAGCAACACCGCCACCAUUAUCAUAUUCCUGCCCGUCAUCGCUGAACUGGUGAGAUGUCAUCUAUGACAUGACCACAACAUUCAACGUUUAGUUCAGCAAGACAUGUAUUUUGUGUGUAGUAUUUGAAUAUCCCUUGUUAUCUACCAUAAAGCCUUGAACUACAUUGGAUUACUAAUUCAUAUGGAAAAUGGGGAAAUAGGUGCUCUCUACUCUAAUCUCCCACUGCAAUUUACCUUUUUAGUGUUUGCCAUGGGGUUAACAGAUCCGUCAGUGUAGCACCAUGGCUGUUGGGUCUAUUUGUAUGUCUGUUGGACAUUAACUACAGUUAUCAGUAAUCAGGUGUCUUUGGCUGGGUGUGACAAUGUCCUGCAGAAUCAUUCAAUAUAAGCAAUAGUAUCACCCACCCAGUAUCAUCCAGUAUCACCAUGACAAGUGCGCCAUACUUACUUAUCUUCAGUGAAAUUCCUAAGCCAAAUACAUUACUACUAACAAUUUGGAAUAUCAUUGCCACUUAUUAUUAGUUUGCAUGAACACAAUUUUGUCAAAAGAAUAGCAACAAAUGUGUUUGUCUCCUCUCUACAGGCUAUGUUUAUCAAGGUGAACCCUCUUUACUUUAUGAUACCUGCGACAACAGGAUGUUCAUUUGCCUUCAUGUUGCCAGUCUCCACCCCUCCCAACUCCAUUGCCUUUGCAUCUGGCCAUCUUUUGGUGAAGGACAUGGUAAGAUCCUUACGCUGACAUACUGUAUGACCAUAUAUCAGACUGUCCUUAAAAUUACAUGUACUGUAUUCUAGCAGAUACAUCUGUUUGGUUUCUCUAUUUACAGGUGAAAACAGGCUUUGUGAUGAACAUUUUGGGCAUUUUAUCGGUUUCUCUGGCCAUGAACACUUGGGGUCGUGCCAUGUUCAGUUUGGAGACUUAUCCAGACUGGGCUCAUCCAAGCAACAUGUCCAGUACUGUCACAGAUAUACAGUUCCCCUCCGACUCACCUUUUAACCUUACUAGUUUACCAUAGAGCUGAAGCUUAUCCGGUACAAUUAUUACACUGUAUUAUACAGUAAAUACGAGAUCAUAAUUUCUGAAUAUGUACAAAAGUCAAUAACUAUAGACUUGGGGAGAAUUAGCUGUGUACUUUAAGUAAUUUAGCCUAUGGUGUGAUGGCUAUACCAUGUUGCUAAGGUAUUGUACUUUUCGAUCGGUCUACUGUAUAUGAGUUUAGAUUUUUUUUAAACUGUUUAUAUUUUGUUCAGGCUCUCAUUGUGCUCUACUUACUCUGUCAUGUAGAUUAUACCAAGUUCUAUCAGCUAAUUUUCUUGUUUGUCAGGAACACCUGCUCUCCCCAGAUGUGUCCAGUGUUUUGCUUUGAUUUGUUUUAGGUUCCAUGCCAUGUUUCCAUUGGAAGUUCAUUUGUUUGGGCAGGGCAGGGGGGCGACAGAAUAGACAGUGUUGGUCUGUCUGUUGUUUCAUUCUCUUCCACAGUUAUACAACAAGUCAUGUCGGACAUAGUUUUUGUCCAGACACCGGUGAUGUCUGUCUCAUCUGUCGCGAUGCUUGCAUCUUAGUGACCUCUGCUGGUCAUUGUGCCACUAUGCACUGUUCACUGUGUGUGUCUCAUACUGUACCUCACUGUAACAUUCCCUGGAUAGUGUUUGUGGUGGUAAUCCUUAUUGAUUAGUGUGUUAGCAAGAAAAUGAACGCUCAUCCUCCAAGUCCUCCACCUACUGGUAAAUGACACUUUAACUCAAUCCUCCAUUGAUCUUUAGUUGUAUAAGCUGUGACUGUCUUGAUGCACAACAGGAGUUUGUGAGUUAUUCAUAAAAUAUACUUACCUAGCCCAUGGGGUCACUGGCUGCACAUGUUUUAACAUAUGUUUGUAAUUGACACACAGAAGGUCAUUUCUAAUUUUUCUCAUGUCUUUUAAAACCAGAAAUCAUGAUUUUCUGAUCUUAUUUUAUUUGAAAUAAUCAUUAGAAAUGUGGUGUGGAAAUCGAAAUAAGUAUUUUCUACCAUAGUUUGUAUUUAGUGUAAUACAUUUAGCUUUAUUGAUGC